AUGGGACAUCGCGGCUUCCUCAGUCCUGUGGUCAUUGAAAUUGUACAAGUAUGCAAGAAAGCAAGCGCACAGGGCCACUCUAUCGUCUUCCAGUGGAUCCCGGUUCAUGUGGGCAUCAGCGGAAACGAGGACGCAGAUCGAACAGCCGUAGGCGUGCACCAGUACACCCGCCGUGUCCCCAUCAUCUUGUCUCGGGGGGAUCGCCGUUACCUCGUCUCAAGCCUCACUAGCUCCACGAUGCAAUCUCAAUGGCAACGUGACAUCACCACCCACUCUCUGCUUUACUCCGUUGACCCCACAUUGUCCCUUACUCUCCCCCGCCGAAUACCGCGUUCCUUUAUCACAGUAUUCCACCGCAUGUGGCUUAAUGUGGCUUUUACACCGGCUUUCAAACACCUCCUCGGUGUCGGCGCGUCCAGCCUCUGUUCCACAUGUGGUGUCCGCGGUGACCUCCAUCACGUCCUCCUGGUCUGCGGACAGUACGAGCGCGAGCGCGCCCUCAUGGAAACUGCUCUCCAACGCGUCGAUCAACGCCAGUUCGACUUUCUUGGACCAUGGUCGGACCCCUCACAUCUGAUGCAAGGCCCACGAGCUGUUGCUGAGUUCCUCUCAAGCACUGGAUUAAUGGACGAACUCUAA